GUAAUACUCUAAAACUGUCAAAAACUACCAACAGAACAGAAUCAAUUUGUUUCGUAAUCUAUCUGAAAAAUAGAAUUGAUUAUUUUCGUAAUUUGGUGGUAAUUUAGUACUUCGGAAAAGAAAGUAGUUUAUAAUAUUUAUUAUCACCAAUGGCUGCCAUAAUUAAAUUCCGGCACAUGCCCGUAGUACAAAGAUGCGUCUGGAACCACAUGAACAGAACAUCUAGAAAUAUUUCUACGUCUAAAAAAAAUAGUGAUACAGCAACAACUACUUGUGAUACUAGUGAAAAAGACAAAAACUGGGUGAGCUACGGAUUCGACUACACCAGUAAGGACGAAGAUACAAAUGCACAUCACGCCUCUUUCUUUUUCUCCGUAUCAUUGUGUUUGGUUUUUGGUGGUUUCUUAUGGGCCUAUUCUCCUGAUGUACACAUGAGAGAUUGGGCACAACGUGAGGCAUUUUUGGAAUUACGCCGUCGUGAGAGAGCUGGUCUGCCACCUAUCGAUCCUAAUUUCAUUAACCCAAAAUCAAUUAAACUACCCUCAGAAUCGGAAUUAGCUGAUGUUGAAAUUAUUAUUUAAUUCACAUUGAACAAUGUUCCCGAAAUAUGAACAUCGAUUCAUAUCCGACACUUUGUAGUAUAAAUAAAAUGACUGUUUCAAAAAACAAAAAGGAUAUAUGGCACAGUUUUGCAUUUGGACAACUGAAACUCCAUGUCGAAAUGAUCAUGCAUUAAAGAUCAAUGUUACGUGAAGUUAAGUGGUGCUGUCAAACAAUGAAGCUAUCAGCUUCAGUUGCUAGAAAGAGAUGGGACUGGGUCAUCAAUCAUACAGAAACAAAGUCCUGAAAAAAAAUUAUAGUCCAUCUAUAUAAGUUAAAUAUCAUUCAUUCUUCUCAGUUUGGUAGGACCACAUCAUAAGCAUGUACCAUAUCUUCUUUUUUCGGUUGUAUUUACAUCCUCCAUGAUUAUUUAUAUUUUGGAUUGACAUGGACUCAUUUUGUAUCAAUUGUUUUCAAUUACAAUUUAGAAACUGCUGGAAUUAAUUAGUACAGUUAUUUCAAUAAUAUUAUAUUAUUAUUGU